AUGGAUCCAGAAUCCUCAGUUUAAACUCUGCUUUACCACAUAUCGUUGAAACUUAAACUAAUGAAUUACUAUGACUAUGGUCUAUAUUAUAUUGAUCCAGAAUCAAUAAAUAACAUUCGAUCUAGCGGUAUUAGUAUUGAUGUUAUCUAAAUUAAAAUGAUUUAGCCAACUAAUGAAAAUGCUUAUGAAGAGCAACUCUAAUUAAUAUAAGACAUUAAGAAUACCAAAAUAGGUGAUUUUCUAGGUGGUGGGCCAAAUUAGACUUAAAUGAUAGAUUACAAUGAAGAGAAUAUCGCUAUUAGGUAAGCAGCUAUUCUUGAAUGUAUAAGGUUGAUCGAACAGUAAAAUGUCAGAGAUGUACAUAGUGCUUAGCUAGAUAUUAGAGAAAUAAAUACUAUAUUUCCGUAAUAACUAAUAAGCUACUUCAAUAAAAAAAGCAUUUACAAGAAAGUACAAGCGUCAAAGCAGUACUUGUAAUAUAAUAUUAAAGUUCAAGAAUUGGAAAAGCUAUAUUUAAAGCUUAGCUUUCAAUAGUAGCCAUAAAUUGGAGCUCAAUACUUUCCUAUUUAAGUGGUAAAUCUAACGAGCGGUAAUCUUUCAAAGCAAUUAAAGAAAAUUCCUAAAAACUAACUGCUAUUGGUAGUUACCCCAUUUUGUAUUGGCUUUGCUGAAGAUAAUUCUAAGAACCUUAGCGGUAAUAAACUUCAUAAGAAAAUCAAAAUAUAGCUGAACUAUGAGUUAAUAGAGGAUAUUGAAAUAUCAAAACCUUAAGAGUUACAGAUUAAUCUUAUGAAUAAAGAUUUCAAAAUGAAGUAGAAGGUUGCUAGCAUGAGUAUAAAUGCCUUCAAAAUAAGCUAUGUAGCUGAAAACGAAGGAGAAUAGCAAAUCCUAUUAAAGACUGAUUAAUCAGGUAUAAAUGGAAAUACUCUGAUCCAAGAAGAAAUAGUUUCACUAAUUAAUGACUAUCUCAACUAUAAAUACAGAGAAAAAGCACCUAAAAAGACUGAGUUCAAAAAUUUUAGGGACAGAAUCACUCCCAUAGAUAUUGAGGAGAUUUAACUCAAGUUUAGAUAUAUGGAAUUCCAAUAAAUUAACAGUACAGUGUAUAAUGAUUUAAGAGAAUACAUACAAGAGAAUGAAUUUACUUUGAAAGAUGCUUUUGAUUAAUUAUUUGAUGGGAAAGUUUAUCUGGCUCAAUUGAUUUUCUAAAAUGUUGAUGAAGAGGAGAAAUACCUCUUUUUAAAAUUAUAGAAAUGGAUUAGGCAUUUGUUAAGGGUUGUAUUGUAAGAAGUAGACUUAUAAAAGCUAAUGUGUAUUUAUAUAAACACUAUUAUGCCAGACAAAUUUAAAAAGUGUUUAGAGGCUAUUUAGUUAGGAAAAGACUGA